UGCAGCUUAUUGUGAUUACAACAGUGGAGGAUGGUCCUUACAAGCGGCUGUUCUCUGAUUAUCAUUAAGCAUGGCCACGCCCGCACUUAACUUCUGACAGUGGGGAAAGAGGCUGUGUGUGACAGCUUGGAAGGUUUACUACUGCCUCAAGUCCUCUUCUCUGCAGUUAAGGUUUCAGGUUUCAAUCCUCCCAAUACCACAAGACCGAGCACCUGGCGGCUGCCGCCUCCGCCUCCGCGCCUUAACCUAGGCGGCUUGCAGAAGAUUUCAGCCCCGCGGCCGCGCACUCGCCCUGCCCUAGACCAGGGUUGGGCGCAGCGGCGGAGGUUGCUUCUUGGCUGCGCGAGCUGCGCGCGCUGGGAGGCGGCGAUCGCAGCUGGGCCGGGACUUCCUUCCUCCACCGCACGACAACAAAACAACCCUGCAGCAGGCACUGAGUGCUUGGCAGCUGUCUGGGCGAGAGGCACAGCGAUGGGGUCCGUGCUGAGCAGCGACAGCGGCAAAUCGGCUCCCCCCUCUGCCACCCCGCGGGCCCUGGAGCGCAGGGGGGACCCGGAGUUGCCCGUCACGUCCUUCGACUGCGCCGUGUGCCUUGAGGUGUUACACCAGCCAGUCCGGACCCGCUGUGGCCACGUAUUCUGCCGUUCCUGUAUUGCUACCAGUCUAAAGAACAACAAAUGGACCUGUCCUUAUUGCCGGGCAUAUCUUCCUUCAGAAGGAGUUCCAGCAACUGAUGUAGCCAAAAGAAUGAAAUCAGAGUAUAAGAACUGCGCUGAGUGUGACACCCUGGUUUGCCUCAGUGAAAUGAGGGCACAUAUUCGGACUUGUCAGAAGUACAUAGAUAAGUAUGGACCACUACAAGAACUUGAGGAGACAGCAGCGAGGUGUGUAUGUCCCUUUUGUCAAAGGGAACUGGAUGAAGACAGCUUGCUGGAUCACUGUAUUACUCAUCACAGAUCGGAAAGGAGGCCUGUGUUCUGUCCACUUUGCCGUUUAAUACCCGAUGAGAAUCCAAGCAGCUUCAGUGGCAGUUUAAUAAGACAUCUGCAAGUUAGUCACACUUUGUUUUAUGAUGAUUUCAUAGAUUUUAAUAUAAUUGAGGAAGCUCUUAUCCGAAGAGUCUUAGACCGGUCACUUCUUGAAUAUGUGAAUCAGUCGAACGCCACAUAAUUUUAUUAAAACGAAGGGAAAAGAGACCACUGAAUUGCACCAUUUAAGAUGCUGCUUGAACAAAUUGAAGGGAAGUUGUCAAUGCUUGAUGGGCAAAAAUGUACAACACGGUUAUAUGUUUGUCCAUGUUUAUUGUUAUAGUGCAUUUAAAAACUGCUUUAAUUUUGAUGAUUUAAAUCUGUUUUACAUCCUUGAGAUUCCUACACAUCUAACAAAAAAAAACUGUCUAUAUCAGUCGUUAUUAUAUGGAAAAGGCACAUGGUAGGCAAGUGAGUGGAGGAUCUUGAUUUGCAAAUUAGAUAACAUUCUGUGUAUAAUACUACAUAUUAAUAACUACCAUCAUGGUUAGGCACGAUAACUAAUCUUUGUUCUAUAUAAGAAAAUAGAGAGUGAAACAAAAUGCAGACAUUCAAAGAAAUAAGAAAUCUGCUCCAAUGCCCUUGCUCUAAUCUCUAAUAGAUUAACAUUAAUAAUCUUGUACGGGAGUUGGAAAGGAACAUUUUGGAAGUCAAGGAAGUCCAUUUAGGCCGGACGCAGUGGUUCACACUUGUAAUCCCAGCACUUUGGGAGGCUGAAGCGGGCGGAUCAAGAGGUCAGGAGUUCGAGACCAGCCUGGCCAACACUGGUAUCUGUGAAACCCUGUCUCUACUAAAAAUACAAAAAUUAGCUGAGUGUGGUGGUGGGCGCCUAUAAUCUCAGCUACUUGGGAGGCUGAGGCAGAAGAAUCGCUUGAACCCAGGAGACAGAGGUUACAGUGAGCUAAGAUCACACCAGUACACUCCAGCCUGGGGGAAAGAGCUAAACUCCAUC